UUUGGUAACCAAAAUACUGAAAAAGAAGAGCAGGAAGGCUGUUAAAGCCCUGCAUGAUCGGGCGAUCUACAGCAUGCUCUAGCUCCGUCGAUUCGUCCACAGAAGUAGCAAAUCCAAAACACAUACGCACUGAGAAAUUCGAGAAGCCGAUCGGAAUCGAUCAUGUCUUUCUCCUUCUUCAAGCCGUCGCGGCCUAGAUCCCCACAGGAGGUCGCCAAAGCCAUCAAGGACAGCCUCACGGCCCUAGACACCAAGACCGUCGUCGAAGUUAAAGCCCUCGAAAAGGCACUGGAAGAAGUCGAAAAGAAUUUCGGAAUUAUGAGGUGUAUGCUUUGCGGAGAAGGGGAUACCGAACCCAAUGCGGAUCAGGUUACACAGUUGGUGCAAGAAAUAUGCAAGGAGGACAUUAUUGCUCUUUUGGUUCACAAGUUAAUGAUACUAGGAUGGGAAGCAAGAAAGGAUUUAGUUUACUGCUGGUCCAUACUGUUGAAACAGAAGGUUGGCUCCGCGUAUUGCUGCGUGGAAUACAUUGAAAACCAUAUGGAGCUACUAGACUUUAUUGUCGUGUGUUAUGAUAACAAGGAAAUUGCUUUGACUUGUGGAAAUAUGUUGAGGGAAUGCAUCAAAUUCCCAACACUUGCAAAAUACAUAUUGGAGUCUGCAAGCUUCGAGUUGUUCUUCAAAUUUGUGGAGUUGCCUAAUUUUGAUGUUGCUUCUGAUGCAUUUUCUACCUUUAAGGAUCUGCUUACUAAACAUGGAACCGUGGUCUGUGAAUAUUUGACUGCUCAUUAUGAUGAGUUCUUUGGUUCAUACGAGAAACUCUUGACAUCCACUAAUUAUGUGACAAGAAGGCAAUCUUUGAAGCUUCUCUCGGAUUUUCUUUUGGAGCCUCCAAAUUCCAAUAUAAUGAAGCGCUACAUUUUAGAAGUUCGGCACUUGAAAGUAAUGAUGACAUUACUAAAGGAUUCAAGCAAAAAUAUCCAGAUAUCUGCUUUCCACAUUUUCAAGGUUUUUGUUGCUAAUCCUAACAAGCCAGGGGAAAUAAAGGUUAUUCUAGCAAAAAACCACAAGAAACUGCUGGAAUUGCUUCACAAUCUUUCUGCUGGCAAAGGUGCCGAAGAUGAGCAAUUUGAAGAGGAAAAGGAACUGAUCAUUAAGGAAAUUGGCAGAGUAUCUCGCUUACCAGUUCUUGAAUGCUAGUUCAUGUCUCCUAGUUUGUCGCUUUUCCUUCUGGUCUGAUAAUCCUAUUCUUGAGGCUUAAUGUCCAUUCUUGUGUAUUAAUGGAUCUUACAAACACUGUUUGAUUUUGACCAAGAAGUAAGUAGAUAAAUACCUACAAACUAAUGGAAGAACAGAAUAUGUGAGAGCCGUGUAUGUUCAUCUUGUUGAUUCAAAAUGCAUUACUUUCUUAAUAUAGUCUGCUAGAAAACCCCAUGUUGGGUAUUCACA